UCAAAUAAAAAAUUUUGCAGCUGACUUUUAGGACAACUACUGAAACAGCCACUCCAUACUUCUUUCACUUUUUCACACUAAAGAACUGAGACCUGGAUACCCUAAAUGAGCAGUUAUAAUCAAACAUCUUACUGGUAUUUCUUUUUAUUUUUUAUUUAAUUAAUUUUAUUUUUUUAAUGUAUGGUGUGGCUAAGUAAUAUAAAUGUGUCUGCUUAGUCAGAAAAGGUUAUCCUUGACCAUGUUCCCACAGGUUCUCAUUCGCUGAUGGUUUUUGCCACAUACAUUGCUGGACAGACACAGUUUCCUGAGUUCACUCUUGUGCUGAUGCUAGAUGAUGUGGAAGUGAUGUACUAUGACUCAGUAUCUUUGAAAGCUGUCCACCGCAGUCAGAGUAAUUCAAGUGAUGACAAUGCGGGUAGUAUAUUCAGUGAUAUAUAUGACAUCAUGAAAGAUCAAACAUUUUAUCUUAAGGACCACCAUAAUUGCACAGAUGGUAAGUGCAACCCUAUCAAUUUUGUUACCAUUACAUUUUUGUUGUUGUUGUUGUUUUUUUUUGUUUGUUUUUUGGGAACAUGUCUUCGAGUUAUAUAACAAUUAUCACAUUAUGGCUCAUAAUAGAUUUUCUCAAGCUCUUUUUAGAAGCUAAAUUAUUAUUAAAGAAGUAAUAUUUGAAGUAAUAUAAGUAAAACUAUUAUAUAAUCAUAAAAAAGUGUUUUAUUUCACUAUGCCAGUGAAAACUAACCUGUUUGAUUCCUAUCCAUUUUAAGGUUUGCAUGUUUAUCAGAAACGUGUUGGAUGUGAAUUGCUUGACAAUGAUCUGCCAGGUUUGUUUCUUUCAUUGGAUGCUUUUAAUGGACAAAAUACUGAAGAGUUCACCUUUGAUGUGGUAAAAAGAACUAUGCAAAUUAAUUUACCAUGGAUGAGAAUAAAAGGCAUGGGUCAGGUGGAAUGGAUUCAUGUGAAGUUUCUGUAUGAACAUAUUUAUCAUCCUGUUUGCAUGAAGACUUUGCGGGCAUUCCUGGAAAAAGAAAAGAACACUGUGAUGCGAAGAUUGAAACCCAAGGUCAGACUCUUUAGAAAGCCUCUUACAGACUCUCAAGGGCUUCAGAUCAGCUGUCUGGCCACUGGUUUUUACCCCCGGCACAUUAACCUGACCCUGUUCAGAGAUGGUCAGCCUGUGGAUGAUGAUCAGAUCACAGGAGGAGAGACUCUGCCCAACGGAGACGGAACAUACCAGAUGAGGAAGAGUUUGGUGAUCAAUGAAGAAGAACUACAUGACACAUAUUACAAAUGCACAGCAAACUACCUAGACCUGGACAACAAACUGGACAUUGCUUUUGAUGAGGAUCUAGAAAAAACUGACUUUGGAUCCUCUGCUCUGUCUAUAAUUAUCAGUGUGCUGCUGUCCAUGUGUGUGGCUGUUCUCAUCAUAACUGCACUCAUCCAGUGGAGGAAGAGACGAGCUGUUGGACCAGUCUCCAGUACUUCACAUCAAAUUGGAUAUUCACCUACUUCAAUUUCAGAACAAGAAAAAAAUUGAAAGAUUUAUGGCCUCAAAUAAAUAUCUUGUACAGUUUUAUUUCCUGCUACUGCCCAUUCAGGUCUUGCAAAUGGGUUGUCAUUGCAAAUGUCAUUACAGCAACCAUCUCGAUAUUUAUUUCAUUAGUACUGAAAGACUUUUUGAAAUUUUCAUGAUUGCAUUAUGCAUGUCUUAUUAUAAUACAAUUUCAAAUAAAUUUUUCUUUAAAUUGUCAAA